CUUUAGCCGAGACAGGACAGUUAACCCACUGCUCGCUACAGCAAUCAGUGGCCCGUAUUCAUUUAUUAAAGAUGCACAAGAAAGUUGUAUUGUACCCAGGUAAAACCUGUGUGGUGUUCCGCAAGGGGCCACUCGGAUACCUCCUCCAAGACCCGUCAGAUGAAGCUCGGCGGAUAAAAGACAACACCAAACUUCAGAACAAGUCUGUAGCAAUGAGGGAGGACCUGGUACAUCAGAAUGCUCUGACUGUGGUCCGUCACAGAGGAGGGGAUGCCUCCGACAGGCGUGAGGUGCAAGGAGAGUACAUCCUGCAGUUUGGAAAAUAUAAAGGAAAAUCUUUCCGGUGGCUUCUGGAAAAUGAUGUUGGGUACACCAUGUAUCUGAUCAAAAGUCUCCAGAAGGAAGAGGCUGCAGGGAUCGCCAUGGCUGAAAGGCAUAGUAAGGAUAGCCUGCAGUCAUUUGUACAGUAUGCCCUCAGUUUUACGGAGAUAAAGUCUCUUCAGGAUUAUGAGGCCAGCAGAGUGAGUGCUGCAGCAGAAGUCUCCUGUGAAGAUGAUCAGCUUGUUGGCUUUGGCUUACCAUCUAAGAGCACACGGAAGGAGAUUUGGGAUGGCAGAGGUGAUGGCUACGUGGCCUUUAUCAUGGAAAAGAGCUGCAUUCAAGGAACACGGAUGUAUAAGCUGCAGCAGUACUUGCGCAAGAAGCAUCAGUCUGCCUCAGCUAGCACAAGGACCUCCACCAAACCCAUUGGAAUGGAUGAUGACAAAGAGUUGGAGGAGGCAAUGCUGAGUGUCUCACCUGAAAAACUUGAAGCCAACAGCUUUACUGUGCCAGCAGCAGCAGCAGCAGCAGCAGAAGUACCCACACCCAGAGUGCCUUCAGGAGCAAAGACAGCUCCCUCUGCGGCACUGUCCAUACCCCCUUCCGACACAACUACUGAACUUCAAGCAUCAUCAGCUGAUGGUGCAGCCUCAAAAGAUGAGAAGAGCAAGGUUCCUGUGCCUGUACCAAAGGAGCUGUCGUUUCUACUGAAGGAGACCACAGAUCAAACACAAGGGCCUGAGUCAAAUCCAGGGCCCAGCACAAGUGUUGCUUGCACAUCUGUGCGCAAAGUUCUCACUUUUGAAGACAGCAAUGAAGAUGGAGUGGAAAAGGCAGGAUACCACUGGGUGGACAGGGAUUGCUGUGCACCGUUUAAGAUCCCGGACUGCAUCCCUGGUGAAAAUCUAGACUGGGAUGCCUGGAAAACCACUCCUGCUAUUAUUGCUGCAGCCACAUCUGGACCACUGGCAAACUCUUGUGCCUCUCGAACAAAUUAUAAUCCAAACAUUGUUGUUAAACUGGACUUGUUCCACUGCCUGAGGCGAUUUUCACGAGAAUGCACCUCUGAGCAUCACCCUCUGUUCAGCACGUUCUGCCAGCUUCUCUCUGCUGCUUUCUCUGUGGUUGAUCAGGAGGACCUGAAGAGGCUUCAGGAUGCCUAUGAAUUCUGUGGUAUCAAUCCAGCUAAUCCCACUAAGCAGCACAUAAGAGAGCACUGCAGGAUUAAAAUACCACAACCCACAGAGCUGCUGAACAGAGUGGAAAAAGUCCUGAAACAUUUCCACCAGACAACAGACCCCAACAAUAUCCCACUCUUCAAGCCAUCCAUGCUGAAAGUGUGGCGCGUACAGAGAGUGCACAUACUGCGUGGCUGCCUCAGUGACCCUGAACUUUCAGAGGGCGUAAUGUUUCGGUAUGGUGGGACUCUUCAGCUAAACCACGUCCCCGGUGAAGGCGCUAAAGUCCCCAUCUGGAUUCCUGUCCGAGGCACUUCGCAGCAGGAGGGUUACCAUUUCCACCAGGCGCAGUGGAUCACUGGGACUCACGUAUCCACUGAACUGUUCCAGGCCCAGGGCAUGACAGGGGUGGCACGAUGGAACUACCAACGGCUGGUGGACCUUAAGCAGCCAGGUGUCAUUCUCCCUGCUGUUUUUGAUCCAGCUCUAGUGGCGGAGUUGAACGCAGUCUCCAGGAGAGUGACCGGGCAAGAGAAGUACCCUGCACUUCACCUCUCUGACAGAGACACUGGAGAGAGAUUUGGGCUUGAAUACAGAGAGCCAGGCUGCCGCCCAAUCCCUCUGAACUGGGACAAACACAAAACCCUGAAGACAGAUGAACCAGCCGCCCGUCCGCCUCCAUCCUCUCUACAAAAAGCUGUGUCUGCCCGACUUCAAGUUUGUCCUCCUUCAAGUUCCUCCUCCAGCUCGGCAGUGUCAGGCAUGGCACCCCCUGGAUCAGCACCACCUGUCACUGACCCACUCUCUGCUGGUGUACUUUUAAAGCAGGAGACACCAUCAGAAGACAUCCAGGAACCUACAGCAGUUAUGGAAAUCUCUGAUGCCCUUCCUCUGCCCGUGCGGGCCUCACCAAGGAGUGCACGCACUGGACCUAUAAAAACAGGCGGACGGGUUUUUGUGCUGGACCACACACGCUGGACAUCACCCAUAAAAAAGGCAAUUGAUGACUUGUUGCAAAAGCACCAUGGGAAGAAGGACCUCCUGAAGCUUGUAGAUCAAGAUUAUGCAAGCAUGGUCCACCGUUCUGCUAUGGACCCCAACAGCUUGCUGCACCCCACAUCCAAGUUGCACAUAUCCCGCUACGUGAAGCACUUGGGCAAACUACUGAACACAAGUUCUUCGUUGAACACAAGCCCUGAAAAGCUUGUUCAGACGCAGCAGCUCUGGCAUGCUUUACCAGAAGGGAGUGAGACACAAGGGCCUGUGCGCUAUUUCUAUUGUUCAAGGAAGGUCCAUCAGAGUUAUGCUGCUGAGGGCAUUUGUAACCCCAAAAUGCCCUUUGAAGAAUUUGCCCAAACAGAAUUCUUCCAGCGGGAACUGCAAGCUACGAAGAAGCGGGCGGAGGAGAGGAUGGCAAAAAAGAGGAAACGGCCAGAGUCCCAACAAGCAGGCCGCCUCUGCAGGUUUUGCCACAUGGACCUGAAACAGGGACCAAACAGCCCACACAUACAUACAGGGUUCCCAGGAGUGGCAGGGAAAUACAUUUACUGCCCUUCUAAAGUGUACUCUCGAUACAGAGAUAAGGGCAUGGCCAAGGAGAUGACCUGGAAGCAGUUUCAGGAGUCUCCUUUCUAUGAGGCAGAGAGACAUAGAUGGGUAGAAGAACGAAAAAAAUGA